AUGCAGAUUACAGUUGGCCAUCCGACCGGUUGCUGGAGCACCGGCAGAAACCGGUGGGCGUAUGGGAGCACAUCCGGAAAAUUCCUCUACAUAAAUAUUCUGCUCGUACUGCUGCAUAACGCUCUUUUUGUUGGUGGACUGCGCAAAGGCAAGCUGGUACUGCCCAGCUCCUAUACCGCCCUCGGGGACGAUCUGGACGUGCAGCUGCAUGCCGACCCACUGGAGCUGGUCACGGUGGACCGGCUGAGGUUGGAAAUAGCGCGCCAUCUGCCGGGUUCGGCUGGAAUCGUAGCGACCACGCUGGACAUCCGCGUGGACGUGAACCACAACGUGACACAGAUCAAGGUACCAUGCUAUCACUUCCUGCACGGUGGCCACUACGAGCUGGCUGUGCUGGAGGAGAAUGCGAGCCAUACCCGGUUGGGGCAGGUGAUGGACGAGCGGUUGCGACAACCGCUGGACGUUAGUUGGCCCACGGUACGGUUGGCCAUCGCACCGAACCGUACCGACACCUACCCGGAGCUGCAGAUCCGAGGCAUGCUGGAAUUCCCGGACGUUCGCUGUCAGCUUCCCGCCCACGGUGUCGACGAGCUGGAUCUGCCCGAGCUGUGGCUGGAACUGUUCUACUGUGGCAAGUCGGUAGACUCCUGCAGUCACGGCAACAACUCUCAACCCUUCUCCAGAGCACAAGUCCUCUACACGGAACAAGUCCGUGGGCUGCCCCGCAGCAGGGUGAUCGAUUUUCGGUGCGAUCUUUUCGGCCUCGCGGGGUUCUACGGGUUGCAUCUGAAAUCGCGUACCGGUGGGUUGGAGGACCCAACAAUGGCGUCACUGUUGCAGGCCCGUGCCCUGCUGCAAGCGGACUGGAGCAAGCAGUACGUCUUCACCGUGCACACGAGAAGCAUUUUCCCCUGUGAUCCGCACGGUUCGGGAAUUCGCGUACUGUUCCAAUAUCCGGCCUGCAUCCUGAACCAAGCUGACCGGGUACGGGUGUACGCUAAGCUGCGGGCGGAUGUCCUCUCGCUGGCCCCACCAACUUCGUUGCAUUACCUGGCGGAACAGCGUGUCACCAAGGGUCAACACUCGCUGUACUUCGAGUGCGAUCUGUUCUACGAGAAGUUCGUCGAGUACUGCUUCGUGUACGUCAGCCAGGCAAUAUCGGGAGCGGUCGCGGACAUACGGAUGGACUGCGUCCCAACGCUUCCGGUGUCGGCUUCCGAUUCCGGUGGAUGGGGACCCUGGAGCAACUGGACGCACUGUUCGACAACAUGCCGCGGUGGCAUAAGAAAUCGCUAUCGAUUUUGUGACUCGCCCCCACCACGGUACGGUGCAAAGUUUUGCGAGGGUCCAUCGGUGCAGACGGAACGUUGCGGUCUGGACACGUCCGAAGAUUCUUGGGAGUGUAUGUUCAGUCCCGCAAUAGGUGGCAUCAACUUACCACUGGAGAUCGAAGACGUCAAUACGGAGAUCGGGCCAGGAUGUCGCUGUGGCUGCGUGAUUCAUCUGGGGAUGGUGAAACCGAAACGAUUGCUUGGGUCUUCCUCACACAGCUGCCCGGACCGAAGUCUGUGGCUAAUAAAGGGAGACGACGGAUGUCGCGUUCGCAUGUCGAUCGAUUUCCAAAAAUUUCCCUGCGAUGGCCAGUGGCUCAAGAUACGGGAUGGUGAUUCGGUCGCCGACGAGCUUUUGCUGCAGUUUGGCGCUGACAGGGCAGUGGAAUCCGCCAGUGCAAUGGCGGAAGCGACUGGCAACAUGCUGUUGGUGGAGUUUUUCUCGCGCAAAACUGACCAGUACGAUGAGGCGUGUAAUGCGGGAUUUUUGGGCCAGGCGGAACAAAUCAAAUUAGCACACGCCGCACCGCAACCCACGGAAAAUAGUACUUCGAUGGCGAGCAAGGUGAUAAUGCCGAUUGUGGCAGGUUUGCAGAGUUAUGCUAGCUUUACGAUAGCACACGUUUGUGCCAUAUUGUUUAUUUGUUUCAUCGUUUUCGUGAGCUUCCUGCUCGUGGUGCAGUACAUCUUCCGGUAUCGGAAGUACGAGCUGGCCACAAGCCGGAUGGAGGCAGCCGAUUCGCCCGCUCAUACACUGUUCGGUUCGAAUCAAUCGAUCGAGCAGGGCGCUCCGAUUCAACCCCGCUCGCGGGCCGUCUCCACAACGACCCUGAUAUCGGAAAUUGUGUCCUACGUGAAGUUACGGCCACGGGUGACGACCUCCAUCCGGCACGAGCGCUUCCGGGAGAGUGUGGAGUACGCACUUGAGUCCACCAAUAGUCGUUCGGAUGCCGCCGUUCGAUCGGAUGGAAGUUCGGAAAUCAUCAUGGAACUGCAGGACCGAAGUGCAACAGAUGUCGACGAUCGGGAACACCACGGGGAGGGUGAUGAUGAAACUCCGCUUCAAAGUCUGAACGAUCUGAACAUUCCGAACGAGCGCCCUUGCGUGACUCCCAAGGAACGGCUAUCUCCACCCAGCAAGGAUGUGCCAGAAUCCGACGAUGAACGAUCUACAACGAUCAGUUCUGCCUAUUCAUCUCUAAAUCGUGAAAAAACCCCGCUCGUAGGAGGGAGAUCCAACAAGUCCGGCGUGGAAAUGCUGAGAACAGGUGAUCAACUCGUCAAGAGUGCUACUUGUCUGAUGACCACAUCCAGUACCAGUACAGCGACUCUAACCAAUGUCAGCCCCUCGGACGUUGAAUGUUGCUCACCGCCUGAGUUAGGCAUCCGAAGUCCCUUGGCAAGGCGCAACACCGGCACCUCCAUUCGGACGCGGAACGCCAAGGAAAGCAAAGAGAAACGCAACCUUCAGAAACUGUUGGCUGGUUCGGACUACUCUCUCGGGGCACCCUCCGAACAGGACAUGGAGCUGGACUACUAUGACUACAAUGUGAUUAACGCGGGUGCAGCUCCCGGUUCGUAUCUCGGGAUGGAUCCAGCCUUUCUCGUGUGGAUACCACCCCUGGACGAUGGUUCGGACGAGGACACGAAACAUCCCCCGGCAGCCCACGCUUCCGACGAUGAUGACGAGCUGACUGAACUGGCGAAUCGUACCGCUCGCGACGAUCGGAUGGGUGUGGUCGAUUCGCGCUGUGAUAGUAUUACGCCGAGCGAAGAACUAAUCCGACAGCUAGCAGAACAGAAGCGAAACGAUUACGUGAUCGUAUCGAACAGCAUCUCCAAGAGUGACAUCUGUUCCGAAAGUGACGGUGCAUCGACGGACGGCAGGGUGCCGUUGGAACGGCGAAGAAGAAAGUUGCACGAGUUGAUACUGGUGCGCCGGAAUGGUGGCAAUAGUGGCAAUAGUGGUCGCAGUGGUGAUCCGGGCAAUACCGGAUCCGGUACGUCCGUACGCAAAAGCUCCUCGGAUGAGUCAACGGAGGAAAGGGAGAAGGAAACGUCCUUCACGAAGUCGCCGGUGGACAACAAACAGAUCAGUGAUUUCUACGAAAUGGCCGAUAUCGCGUUUGCGGAUGAUGAGGCCGAUGAAGAGGAGGAAGAGGAGGAGGAGAAUGCAGGCGAAGUUCCGGCGGGAGGCUUUUGUGUAGAUCGUCCAAAGGGAGGUACGAUUCUGCUGUCAGCGGCAGGCAGUGGAAAGCAAGAGCCAAACAGAUUAGGGAACGAAUCGAACAAGUAUAAACAUGCAGUGGCCGACGCGCUGCACCGAGAGGGCGACAAGAUGAUUCAGUAG